ACAUCCACAGUCUGUGGAGGAACCAGUGAGUGAAAGACUGUGAGAGGCAGCUGCAGUGGGAGAAGCUGUAACCCGCUCCGCGCAGGACUGCCGCACACAUUUUCCUCUACGGGGUGAUUCCAACUACUUGUCUCCUAUUUUGAUGGUCUUUUUCAAAUCCAUUUUUCUGGAUAAGGGAUUUUAAAUAAUUAACGGGCUGGUCUGGAGGAUGACACUUUGGCUAUUUUUUCUUUUAUAAAAAAAAAAACUGCUCGAUUCCGAGACGGAGGAGGCGUCAUUUGCGCACUGCCAUUUUGGAUUAGCGCACUCUGUUCUGUUCAACUUGCCAUCAUGAAAUGUGUAGAUAAAUGAAACUUAACUCCGCGUCCGCUCCCCACAUGCCCCUGGCUCUGUUCACGCCCAGAUCCAGAUGAGAGAUCUCCCCGGUGGAUCUGACGCGCUUUUACGCAGCCAGUCCCCGGAGCGCAGCGGCGAUCCACGCCGGAGAAGAGCCGAGAGCGCGUCCGCUCCCGCUCCCACACCCUCGUCUCUCCCUUCUCCCACGGACCCGUCGCGCCAAGCUAAGAGGCUUCCCGUCCGGAUUGUGAAGAUGUUGACGGCUCACAGCGGCCACCUGCUGCACCCGGAGUAUCUCCAGCCCCUCACUUCUGCGCCGGUUAGCAUUGAACUGGAUGCCAAAAAGAGUCCUUUGGCUCUGCUGGCCCAGACCUGCUCUCAAAUUGGCAAACCCGACCCUCCCACCUCCUCAAAGUUGGCCUCCCUCUCCUCCGGCGCUCUAGGAGACAAGGAGACGUCUGGGAGGUCAUCCAAGCCCGGAGAGCAGCACCAGUCCCUGGAUGACAAAUCCAGCUUCAAGCCUUACUCCAAGUCAUCAAGCGAAUGUCGUAAGGAUGUGUUGGUGACAAAGGGGGCGUCGGAUAAAGCAGCUUUAAGGGUGCCAAAUGGAAGUUCCAGCGGAGGAAAUACUUCGUGUUCACCCUUUCCCUCCCAUUCCAGGUCACCAAACUCCAGUUCCUCUCCUCUGCCCCACAGACAGAGCCAUUCCCCUUCCAUGCAGCCUCCGUCACACUCCCAGACAUCACACACGGACAGCAAACCUGAGCAGGCCAGCUCGGAUAAUAGCAGCAAUGUUGCUAGCAAAAAAGACUCUGACGUUGCGAAGCCAGGUGUGGAUGGGGCUCACUUAGCCAACUCCAGCCAAGUAAGGGCCAGUGCUAACUCCAGCAAUGCCAGCUCAGCCAGCAGCCCGAGGCCAGAGAGCAAGACGGACCCUCAGGCCUCUUCACAGCCGCUCAGCUCUGGACACAUUGCUCCAGUCUCUCCGUUUAAACCUGGGCAUUCUGUCUUCCCCUUGCCCCCGGUGACUAUGGGAUAUCACGGUUCCAUUGUGGGGGCCUACGCCAGCUAUCCCUCACAGUUUGUUCAUAGCUUGGAUCCCACCAAGUCCAGCUUGGGCUUAGGACUUCAAGGAAAGCACCCCAGCUCCAGCCCGCUAACCGGAGCUUCCCCUCCAUCUCUGAUGCAGGGUUUGUGUCGGGACCCUUACUGUUUGACGUACCCCAACGCCCCCCACCUGGGGGGCAGUAACUGUUCCACGUGUGUCCAUGACCCUUCGAGCCUCAAGUCCAGUUUUCCCCUGGUCUACCCCUCACACCACCUCCACUCCUUGCACUCCGGCUCCUUGUCAUCCAGCAGCACACCUUCUCUGUCCCACCCCCUUUACACAUAUGGUUUCAUGGUCCCAAAUGAGCCCCAGCCCCAUGCCUGUAACUGGGUUUCUGUCAGCGGGCCCUGCGACAAGCGCUUUGCCUCAUCAGAGGAGCUGCUAGCCCACUUGCGGACCCAUACAUCCCUGCCUGGGAUGGUGGACAGCAAGCUGCUGUCGGCCUAUCCCUCGUCGGUUUCGUCUACGGCCUCAUGCCACCUUCACUUGCCCCCGCCCAGCAGCCCAGGAGCCCUGCCUAGCUCCUUCUCCCUACGAGGCUCUCCCGGAUUAGGACUGGCACGCUACCAUCCCUACGGCAAAUCCCACUUGCCAGGCACCCCAGGACUGCCGAUGCCAACCCUUCCCUCCUCCUCAGCCUACUACUCCCCUUACGCCUUCUACAGCCAGAGGCUUGGCUCUGCCUCGGCCCUGGGAUAUCAGUGAUGGGCCGAAACACCACUGCCACCGCUCACAUCCCGCAGGCACCAGCUUGGACUGUCGAGAGCUGGCCUGAAGAUGGAUUCAUGAGACUAAGGUCAUUGUGAGUGCAAGGCAUCACGCCUGCAGCCCUGCCAGGAAUACCACCUGUUUGCCUCAGGAUCGUGACCAGUGCUCCAGAAGGCAAAAGGCCUCCAAUGGAUUGUCUGCAACAGAAAACCGACAGACUUUAAGUAAAGACAGCAGGAAACUGCACUUGAAAAAUGACAUAAUUAUCUCCUGAGUUUUGUUUUGCUUUUUAAACUUCUUCUCCCUAGAAUAAAAAGUCUGUAUUUAUUUUUCAUGGAAGUGCUUGGUUUUCAAGUCUUGGGGGUAGGGGGGUGUUUUUUUUUGCAUUCUGAAAUAAUCUGAAGUGAGAAAGAUUGAUUUAACUAUAAUACCAUUAUUAUCGCAAAACAAAAAUGUUGCACCCUGAUGUAGAUGGAUUGUGAGGCUUUAUUCUAGGGAGCUCUUUUUCAGUCUUUUCGGUUUGUCCGUUUUUGAGUUUUCAGAAAUCCUCGACUGCGUACAGAGACUUUGGAGAUUUGCAUGUCAUUGAGAAUUAUCUAGAACAAUGCUAUUAUUUCUAUUUGUAAAUAUGCAAAGAUGUAAUAUUUUUUCAAGCUUACGGGAGAUCAGCAAAUUAAAAAGGCGGGAGGGUGGGGGGGUCACCUGUGCAAAUGUUGCAGAGAUUAGAAAUGACAUGAACAAAAAUGAUGGCUGUGCUGUCUGACCAACAGGAAAAGGUCGUAUUUUGAAUAAAUGAUACUUGGUUGCAUUUUAA